AUGAUUCUCCGCUCCGUCUUGGCCGCCAGCGCGCUGUCGCUGGGCGCCUCGGCCUUCCUGGUUGUUCCUGAGAUCCAGCCUCAUGCCGUCGACAAUGCCCCUGCGCCCCAGGACCUCCACCGCUUCGAAGCUCACGAUGCUCGCACUCAACAGGUCGCCCUGGCCUGUGAUGAGUGCCCUUUCCCCGAGGUGCAUCCGGAUGGACAGAUCAGCUGGACUGAUGGCGUCAAGUCGUCCUUGGUGAGUUGGCUUGAUAUGCCCCCUGCCGUCCAUUGGCUGGAAGAGCUGAUUGCUAACGAGAUUGACAAACAGCUCUUGAACAUCUCCGCCAAGGAUAACGCUCUUUUCGUCAAUGACGACCAGGUCUUCCCUCUACCUCCUCCUCCAUUGAAUGUCAACGCCGUGCAGCGAAGAGAGUCCGAUGGGCAGGAAACCGCCCCCAUUAGCCUGGGUUUUGCCCUUGAGGCUAUGCCCUUGAUGCCUCCGCAGGAUGACAUGGAACUCUUGUCCGUCCGCUUCACGGUCCUCGACCUUGCAGGCCAUCCUGUUCCUGUUGACACCCUCGCGAUCGCCGUUAUCAAGACGGCUACGGGUGAACUGUUCAUUGCCCGAACGGAGAUUGAGGCCACUGCCGCUGACCGUCUUUCUUGGAGCCAGUGCCGUGGAGAGCCACGCUGCCUGAGACGCCUGCUGUUUGCUCGUAUCCAGGCUCUGAUGGCUGCGGCCAAGGCCCGGAUGAUGAGCGUUGGCGCCAAAUUGCCCUUCCGCGGUAAGGGCUGCCACGGCAAGCCUCAUCUCACUCACCGUCCUCAUGGUGAGCAUCCCGCGGACUUUGAUCACCGCCCCCAUCACUUUGGCCGUCCCCACCGUCACCCCCACCACCGCCAUGGCUGGCACCGGACUUUCUCUCGUGUGGUCCGUUUCAUUGUGGUUCCUGCUGUUCUGGGUGUACUCGCCGGCCUUGCCGCAAGUGCCAUUGGAAUGCUUGUCGGCCAGGUUAUCGUUUUCCUGUGGCUCCGCUACCGCCGCUGCACCAACGACAGCCGCUCUGCUGCCACCGUGGAGCAGGGUAGCACCAUGGAGAAGGCGGCUCUCAUGUCGGAGGAGGAGCCUCCCGCUGAGGAACUUCCCCCUUACAGCGACGAGGAGCAUGGGGCUGCCGUUCCACCGGCGGACACGAAGUAA